AUGCAUUAUUAGUGGUGAUUUGGAGGAGAUUCGUGUGCGACUUUAAAAAAGACUUGGCUUCUAGAACACAUACUAGUAACUUUCAUUUUUGGUUCAUAUCCCAUUGACUUUCAACGCUAUUUCGAUUUCGACUUCAAGUUCGAAUUCGGUUCCGUUCUCCUUUCAACCACUCCGUCCAUCAUGUCUCUCAAUCAUCCUCCAGUUAUUCAACAAUCCCUACCAUCUUUUGCACAAGCUUUUAGCAACUCUUCUCUAAGUUCAAUAACUCCUUCAAAUAACGCGUUACCCCCAAUUCAACCUAGUUUACACCAAACUAUAUCACCGCCCCUCUCCUCGCGUCAACCAAGUCUCGAACAACUACGAAACUCUAGAAAGCGUUCUAGAGAAGAGGUUCAGUUAACAACCCGCUGCGAGAGUACAUCGGACUCUGGCCAUAACGAUAAUGAUAGCCGUCAGUCACCCAGAGUCCUCCGAAUUAAGGAGGAAGACGACCGCGAUGACAGUCUCAUAUCAUCCCCAUCUCCUCCUCCUCAAAACCAGAUUCUCAACGAAUCAGGUAUUACUAUCAAUCCACCGUCGCCCAAGAAACGACGGGUGACAGUGAGUGGUAUUACACACUCAUUGAAUUCAUCAACCCUCCCCUUCUCCUCUGAUACAUCACAUUCAACACCAAUCACUCCCGUGGUCAUAACAAUACCAACCGGUGAAGAUGUUCAGUCGAGGUCCCUUCAGACCCUAAAGCAACAACCAAAAUCCUUGGCUGAACAACGCAGAGGGAGUUUUGCUGGUCCUCCCGGUCCGAGCACCAUGCUCUCGGCUGCUAUAAAUGGUACUCCAUCCUCUUCUGCCACCUAUUCUCCUCCAGAAGGUCCUUUGCCAGCCCCAAAGCUCACAGGUCAACCAAGGUUAGGUCGACGCAGUCCAAACACGGUUGCACGUUCAGGUGGAACCACUCUUGCAUCUGGCAGUCGUGCGACUCUUCCUCACCCACCCACUCCUCCCCCUAUGAUUGUCCCAAGUCAACAGCCGCCCGCUCUCACCGCGAAUCCACCCCCUGCCGAGGCCCCAUCAAAUCCACAACGGAGCCCCCCCUCCAACUCCCUCCCACCUCCCCCUAUCAGCUUCGCUCGUCGUCGUGCAGCUCAGUCGGGUAAUCGCAAAAGAAAGCCAGCUGAUAUCGUCAUAAGCCCUCGUGGUGCAAACUCAUGUGAAUCACUGGCACCUGUCAUACAAAGCGCUCCUCCAGUUCCAGAAUUUGGUCGUUUCCCCAUGGCACUGCCUCGACUUCCAACCGCUCUAAGUGGAAGUCAGACCACUCGAAGAGUUGCAACCAAUGUGCCUCCAACACCGACUCGAUUCGGCUUGCAGCACACAGCAGGUCCCUCGGUGAACAGUGCCUCACGGGCGGGGACAUCUACACGAUCUCCCCCUGCUAUACCAAUCGCAAGCUCAUUGGUACCACCCACACCUCGCUCCCUACAACAUCCUGGUUAUUCGGGAGAUAAAUCUGCCUUUUUGGCGCCCUUCGAGGUCUUCUAUGAUGCGCUCAACGACUCGAAGCAGAUGAAAAACUGGCUGUCAGAACAGCUGCAAAAAUCAAACGCGCUCUUGCAAUCUCUCCAGAAGGUGGAUCAGGUCGUCGAGGAUUUGGUGGAGAGAAAAACGCGUGCCAUGCAGGAGGAGAUGCAAAGUAUGCGUCAACGCAUGGAUUCAUUAGAGGAAGCACUUCGUGCUGCGCGCGCAGACUCGGCACGCACCCACAGCAUGAGCAAUAUCGGGUACCCUCAAGGCUCAAAGUUCCCUCAAAAUGGAAUGUCUUCUAGUUCAGAACCAUCAUCAUCAUACAGAUUUCCCACCACUGAUCAGCGCCGACGAGUCUCACCACCUAGUUGGGGCACUGACAAGGACCGCGGCGCGUCUCGCUCUCCUGAUACCGACCGCCGAAUGUCUAUUUCUGUCGCACGGUUAGAGCCCUCUCGUAUGAUGUCGAGCGACCAAUCACAAGUACCUUAUUCGCCAUUCACCUCCACCCCUCGCAGCGGACCCGUUCCUGCGUCUAACCCAAAAGGCACGCCGCCGUUACGAUCUCAGGCCGUACCUGAGCGUACAUCUACGCAUCGCCAAGCAGACGCACGGCAAACGAACCGAAUGUACUACCCAGGAUCGUAUAACGGUGGGAGUGGUGAUAGCGGAGCAACGUCAAGGGCCAACGACAGCCAUAAAAAUCCCGGCGCGAUGGAUGAGCGCUGAAUCCCGAAUCUGAGAUUUCUGUUCCACACCACAUUCCUUUCUUUAGCUCUAGUGCGCAUCGCUCUCCGCUCUCUUCGUCUUCGAUGCUAUUCGGACUUCCAUCGGACGUUCUGCAUGACGAUCUUGGACAGAUAUCUCUGAAUCUAUACUUGGCAUGCGUUCUUGUUUACUUAGUCACAGUACUUACUAGUCGCUCUCGAGUUCUCGUUCGCAUGUUCCGUUUCGUUUGAUGCUGAUCAGAGUUUUUACAUGGAUAUCUCUACUUAACAUACAUGGUCUUCUCCGGUUUUCACGAUUCGUAGUUUUUCGUCUGUUAUAUAUGUGUACUUAUAGCUUUGGUGGAACACGUUUCUUCUGGUGGUUCAAUUGCAACUUCUCCCCGUUCAAAGUUCCAAC